AUGAGGGCCCAGCAAGCUGGUGGAUACGGAGGUUAUGGCGGAGGCAACAACGGCUACGGUGACCACUCGUAUCCGACACAGCAGCAGGGUGCCGCGCAAGGUGGCUACGCUCAGCCACAGCAGGGAUACGCCGCACCUCAGCAGCAGAGUGGUUACGCUUACAACCAGGGAUCGUACGACUCUCAGCCUCAGGCGGGGUAUGGCGCUCAACCCCAGGCCGGUUACGCUGCCCAACCUCAGGCAGGCUAUGCUGCACCUCAACCCACCGGAUACGGGCAGAUGCCCCAAGCUCAGCCCGCUGGUUACGCCGCCGCUGGAGGCGCUGCUCCCAACUCUUAUGAGAUGCAAAGCGUGGCUACCGAGAAGCCUGUCGGCGACAUGAACUCCUUCUUCUCUGACAUCUCCGAGAUUCAGGACACCAUCCGCCUCAUUGACGAGAAUGUCAACAAGAUUUCCGAUCUGCACUCUCGAUCGCUCAACAACAUGGACGAGGCUUCCGCCCAGUACGCCGAGCAGCAGCUCGCCAGCAUCCAGCAGGAGACGUCGUCAUUGACCAACGGCGUCAAGAACCGCAUCAAGCUGCUCGAGUCGCAGAACAAGCGUGUUCCUGCCGGUGGUGACAAGAACGUGCGCAAUACCCAGAUCGGCGCCGUCAAAAAUCGCUUCAAAGAGACCAUCCAGCGAUACCAGCAAGUCGAGCAGAGCUACCGUCAAAAGUACCGUGCUCGUGCCGAGCGUCAGUUCCGCAUCGUCAAGCCCGAUGCCACCCAGCAGGAAAUCAAGGCGGCACUCGACGACGACCAGAAUGGCCAGAUCUUCUCUCAGGCUCUGCUCAAUUCCAAUCGACACGGCGAGGCCAAGGGCGCGCUCAGGGAGGUGCAGGAGCGACACGAAGACAUCAAACGGAUCGAGCGAACCAUCACCGAGUUGGCACAGCUCUUCAACGAGAUGUCGAUUCUCGUCGACGAGCAGGAUGACGCCCUCAACGUGAUCCAGGAACAGGGCCAACAGGUCGAGACCGACAUGAACCAAGGUCUGCAGCACACCAACAAGGCGGUCGACUCGGCGAGAAAGGCUCGCAAGAAGCGUUGGAUCUGCUUCUGGAUCAUCAUCAUCCUCAUCAUCGUCAUCGCUGCUGUUGUCGCCGCCGUCAUCUGUACGCAAGGGACCAACUGCGGUCGGGGCGGCAACGGAAAUAACAGGAGGAGCCUGAUCACCAGAGCCGUCCACUACGGACACGGUUUGGUGAUUGAGAAGAAGGAUGCGCGGGCGUACUUGUUGCCCGACAUAGGCAUGUGA